GAAAACUCGUGGUUGUGCACUUGCUUCUUCUCAACCUAGUGCCAUUGUUAUCUUCUUCAUAACUGUUUGUUGUAUUGAUAUCUCUCAUUAUUGAUACUAAUGAGGAUGUCAUUCUUUUCAUUGCUAUUCUUGAAUUCUUUUGUAUCGGUUACGUUUAUUGUCAAUGUGGGUUUGGUUUCGGCUCAAUGUCAAAGUGAUCAGAGUCGGUUGUUGCUUCAACUCGAAAGCAGCUUCAGCUACAAUAAUGAUUCAUCAGGAAAGCUGGUGCCGGUGAAAUGGAAUCAAAACACAGAUUGUUGUUCCUGGGAUGGUGUAAGUUGCGAUGGAGGUGGUCAUGUUAUCGGUCUUGACUUGAACAGCAGAUCAAUUUCAAGUUCAAUUGACGAUUCAAGUAGUCUUUUUCGUCUUCAACAUCUUCAGUGGCUCAAUUUGGCUUAUAACGAAUUCAACCCAGCUUUUCCUUCUGCGUUUGAUAAGCUGGAGAAUUUGAGUUAUCUUAACUUGUCCCAUGCUGGCUUUGAUGGACAAAUUCCAAUAGAGAUAUCACGCUUGACAAGGUUGGUCACUCUUGAUUUAUCAACUUUCACUUUCCCGGGUUUGAAACUUGAGGAGCCAAACCUAGGGACACUAGUUCGAAAUGUCACGAGGCUAAAAUUUCUCUAUCUUGAUGGUGUAAAUCUAUCGGCUACUGGGAAUGAGUGGUGCCAGGCCUUAUCACCACUAACUGAGUUGCAAGUGUUGAACAUGUCCGGCUGUUAUCUAUCGGGACCUAUACAUUCUUCACUUUCCAUGCUUCGAUCUCUCUCAGUAAUUCAUUUGGACUUCAACAACUUGUCUGCGUCGGUUCCAAAAUUCUUUGCAGGAUUCCCAAACCUGACUUCCCUCAGUCUUACUUACACUAAUUUGAGUGGAAGAUUGCCAGAUGAAAUUUUCCAGAUACCUACAUUACAGACUCUUGAUUUGUCAGACAACGAUUUACUCCGAGGUUCGUUUCAAAAAUUUUCUCCCAAUCUUUCUCUUCAAACUCUGUCACUUAGCCGCACAAAUUUUGAGGGGCAAGUACCAGAAUCUCUAGGUAACCUUGGAAAACUGACAAGAAUUGAGCUUGCAGAAUGUAAUUUCAGUGGAGCCAUACCCAAAACAAUGAAAAAACUUACCCAACUUGUGUAUCUGGAUUUUUCCUUUAACCGUUUUUCUGGUCCAAUACCAUCAUUCUCAUCAUCCAGAAAUCUUACAUACCUAAGCCUUGGUUAUAAUCAGUUAAAUGGUGGAAUACAUUCCACUGAUUGGUCAAGUCUUUCUAAGCUAGAAAUUGUUGACUUACAAAAGAACAAGUUUAGUGGAACUAUUCCACCGGCUUUGUUUUGCAUUCCAUCACUGCAAAGACUUUUCCUUUCUCAAAACCAAUUCAAAGGUAACCUUAGUGACCUUCAUGGUAAGGCCUCUUUAUUGCUUGAGGGCCUUGAUCUUAGUAGCAACAAGUUUCAAGGGCAAUUCCCAAUGUCUGUGUUUGAACUCCAUGGUCUGAAGUUACUAUCCCUUUCCUCAAACAACUACAGUGGCUCGAUACCAAUGAGUGCCUUUCAGAACUUGAGGAAUCUUUCUUACCUUGAUCUCUCAUAUAACAGGUUGUCUAUUGAUGUCAACGAUACUGAUAUUUCCUCAAUUUCUUUCCCCACAUUUACCACAUUGAAGUUGGCGUCUUGCAACUUAAUGGAGUUCCCUGAUUUCUUGAUGAAUCAGUCAAGUUUAAUUGAACUAGACCUCUCAAAAAAUCAAAUUCAUGGGAAAAUACCCAAUUGGAUUUGGAAAGCAACAAGUCUCGAGCACCUAAAUCUUUCUCAGAACUUUUUUGUAGAAUUUCAAAGACCUUUGGAGAAUAUAACUUCUAAUGUUCGUUUUCUUGACGCACAUGGGAACCAAUUGCAAGGGCAAAUCCCAAUUCUUAACGCAUAUGAUGUCUUUUAUCUGGAUUACUCAGACAACAAUUUCAGCUCUAUUUUACCACCUCACAUUGGUGACUCCCUCCGGUCUGCUUCUUUCUUGUCCCUUGCAAAUAAUAACUUUCAUGGGAGUAUCCCUCGGUCGAUAUGCAAUAGUACAUCUCUUGAUGUACUUGAUCUGUCUAAUAAUUCCCUGAGUGGCCCAAUUCCUCAAUGCCUCUUUCAGAUGACCGUGUCUCUUGGAGUACUGAAUCUAAGAGGAAACAAUCUCAGUGGCAUCAUUUCUGACACUUUUCCAGAAAGUUGUAAGUUGCAAACUCUAGAUCUCAAUCAGAACCGAUUGGAAGGAAAGGUUCCAAAAUCAUUGGGGAAUUGCAAAAUGCUGGAGGUUUUAGACAUUGGCAACAAUCAGAUCAAUGGCAAUUUCCCAUGCCAUUUGAAGAAUAUAGCUACGCUGCAUGCCCUUGUUUUACGAUCUAACAAAUUCAACGGUCACAUUGAUUGUCCGGGAAACAAUAGUGGCUGGCCAUUGCUUCAGAUUUUUGACUUAGCAUCCAACAAUUUUAGUGGAAAACUGCAUCUAUCUGGUUUGGGGACCUGGGAGGCUAUGCGGCCUAAUCAAGAUAAAAACCAAUCAAAGCUCAAACAUCUCAUGUUUGACCUCUUAGAAGAUGAUGACCAAUACUACUAUCAGGACGCAAUAACAGUUACCAUCAAAGGCAAUGAGCUGGAGCUGGUGAAAAUCUUGACCGUGUUCACUUCCAUUGACAUUUCAUGCAACAACUUUGAAGGGCCAAUACCAGAAGUAAUCGGCAAAUUCAACGCACUUUAUGCCCUCAACUUUUCACAUAAUGCUUUCACAGGUUCAAUCCCAUCAUUUUUUGGAAAAUUGCAACAGCUUGAGUCCUUGGAUCUCUCAAGCAACAGCCUACGCGGUGAGAUCCCUUUGCAGCUAGCAAACCUCAAUUUCCUUUCAUUUCUCAACGUCUCAAAUAACAAGCUAGUGGGUCCAAUCCCAACGAGCACCCAACUUCAAUCAUUUUCAGAAGCUUCAUUUGAGAACAAUGCCGGAUUAUGUGGACCUCCUUUGAAGACAAAGUGCGGAUCGUCACCAGCUAAAGAAGACAGCCCUUCAGAUUCUGAGACAGGGAGCAGUAUAGAGUGGAAUCUUUUAAGUGUCGUGAUAGGAUUUAUCUUUGGGUUGGGAAUUAUCAUUGUACCUCUUAUCUAUUGGAAGAGAUGGAGGAUAUGGUAUUUUGAGCGUGUCGAUCGUGCUCUCUCCAGGCUUUUCCCUCGUCUUGGUCGUGAAACCAAAAAGCAUGGGAGGAGAGCAAAGCAGAACCAAAGGGGAGGACCUAGCAACAAUUGGGAUUAAGUGGGGAACGAGUUAAAAAAGAGGUACUUCCAACUAUCUUUUGCAAAGUAAAAAUAUACCAAGUCCUUCUAGUUGGAAAUUUAGUACUUGUAAUUCUUUUUUUAGGAAUUCUGUCGUUAUUUUUUAGAUUUUAAAUUUCAGGUUUUAUAAUUAACAUUGUCAAAAUAUUUUCUUUUUAAAAUUUAAAAAGUACGAUUAAAUUCUUUUGGGAUAAAUAUCCAAACUAUACAUAAACUUUAAUGUGCAAUGUCAAUUGUCAUAUAUGAAAUUUGUU